AUGUGGUCCCAGGCCUCCGAGUAUGAGCGUCUCAAAUCGCUUGAAAGAGAAGACGAUGGCCUCGAAGGGCCUCACGAGCCCGUACGCCGCUCCACCGUCAGGCUGCCGAGAAGGGUGUUCAUGACGCUCCUGGCCUGCAACACACUUCUGUUCAUCGCAUCAGUAUACAUUCUCUGGGCGGGCACCCUUGGAAGACGCGCGCCCUCAGAGUGGGAAUGCGCGAAGACCGUCUCGCCAUGGUCGCCGUUAUGGGAGGCAGUCGAGUUCUGGGAAGGCAAUUUCGACAACGACUUCACCCAUCCCUCCAAGUACCGCGGUCCGCCGACGCUGGAGCUGCAGCAAACCUGGGACGAUCUCUGGGGCGUGCGCGGCAUCGGCGUCGGCAGAGACGAUUUGCAAAAGCUCAACAAAACCGACGUCGGUCAGUACAUUGAGAUCCGGGGAAGCGACCCCGACAACCCAACGUAUGGCGCUGCGAUAGAGGCUCUACACCAGCUCCAUUGUCUUCCGCCGGCUUGCGAGACGCAUACAUACACUUGGGCAUGGGCUGACCGCGACUACUGGCAGAACGUAAUACGCCAAUAUACCUGGCCGCUCGAGAUGUAUGACAAGUCGUGGGGGAAACUAUACCCGUCCGACUUUGAAGACACGGCCACGGCGCGGGUACACGUCGACCACUGCAUAGAAACCCUUCGCCUGAGCUUGAUGUGCUAUGCCGACGUGACGCCCGCGCUGCUGACGUACGACAAGGAGGCUGGUGGUCGGCGAACCGACUUCAACACCCAUCACAAGUGCCGGAACUUUGAAAAGAUUAUGGAUUACAUAGACGGACAUGGGGUGCAGGUUGAUCCUGCGUGA